GACUUUUGAAUGUGGUGGAGAGCGAAAGAUUCUAGUAAUCCAAUUUUCUGUUUUUGUCGUUAAAAGAACUAAACAGAAAAGAUCUCCAAAACAAUGCCUUAAAAACGUGAAAUCGGAAACCAGGACACGCCAGGGAUUCUUGUCCACGCCCUUUGUUGCUUCACUUCUUGGGUUCAACUUGCUUUCUCCACAACUAUGGCUAACUAAUUUCUUCAUUCUACUAAACCCAUUAAAUAAUAUAAUUUCUCACUCCAAUCAGGGAACCCUCACUUCAAUUCAACAGCUGUCUUUGAUUCUUUUAUUGGCCUGGUCUUUUUUGCUUGAAUGGCGGCAAUACUGGCUUCACACAGCUGUUAUUGCCGUAAUGUUGAUAUUAUCAAUCAAGGAGGGACGUCGGAUAGUCUCAGUUUCUCCAGCUCAAUUCCGAACCCAUUUCCAAAAUUUGAGAGGCAAACAUGCAAUUCCCAUUUGACGUAUAAAAGGUUUCAGGUGGAAAUGCAGCAAACUGAAUCAAAACCAUCCUCAAGGUUAGGUAGCAAUGGGCGAAUAGUCAAAAUGGUACCUGCAAGUGAGGUGAUGAAGCAGCGAAAAUUGCCUAAUGGUAAAGAAGUAAAGAAAGUGAAUGGUACAAAGCAGGUUAUUAAUGGUGCAAGUAUUAUUAAGAAGGAUCCUAGUCCUGAACUUGUUAAGACAUCAAAAUAUAGGCAGACAAACAAACUUCCACCGCUGGAGGAUUUAAAGGUUUUACCCUCCGAUGAAGGUUUCAGUUGGGCCAAUGAGAAUUAUAACAACUUGCAGCGGAGUAUCGAUGUGUGGUCAUUUGUUCUUUCUUUGCGUGUCCGAAUUCUGCUGGACAAUGCAAAGUGGGCAUAUCUGGGAGGCCUCACAGAAGAUAAGCAGAAAAUCCGAAGGCGAAAAACUGCUUCAUGGUUGAGGGAGCAAGUAUUGCAGCUAGGCCCCACUUUUAUCAAACUUGGACAGUUAUCUUCAACAAGGUCCGAUCUAUUUCCAAGAGAGUUUGUGGAUGAACUUGCCAAGUUGCAGGAUAGGGUCCCUGCCUUCUCGCCAAAGAAAGCAAGAAGCUUUAUCGAGAAUGAACUGGGAGCUCCCAUCGAUAUGUUGUUCAAGGAGUUUGAGGACCAGCCCAUUGCUGCAGCUAGUCUUGGUCAGGUGCAUAGGGCUAUACUGCAUAACGGAGAGAAAGUAGUUGUGAAAGUCCAAAGGCCUGGUCUGAAGAAGCUUUUCGACAUUGAUCUUCGUAAUUUAAAGCUAAUUGCAGAAUAUUUUCAGAGAAGUGAAACUUUUGGUGGUCCAACUAGAGAUUGGAUUGGUAUAUAUGAAGAAUGUUCUAAGAUUUUGUACCAAGAGAUUGAUUACAUUAAUGAAGGAAAAAAUGCUGACAGAUUUCGCCGAGAUUUUCGGAAUGUCAAGUGGGUCAGAGUACCUCUGGUGUUUUGGGAUUAUACUGCCAUGAAGGUGCUGACACUGGAGUAUGUACCCGGUAUUAAAAUAAAUCAGUUAGACAUGCUAGAUUCACGAGGAUAUAACCGUCCUCAAAUCUCAUCUCGAGCAAUUGAAUCAUACUUGAUUCAGAUCUUGAAAACUGGUUUCUUUCAUGCGGACCCUCAUCCUGGAAAUCUUGCUGUUGAUGUGGAUGAAUCACUCAUCUAUUAUGACUUUGGUAUGAUGGGGGAGAUCAAGAAUUUUACUCGUGAGAGGUUGCUUGAACUUUUCUAUGCAGUUUAUGAGAAAGAUGCAAAAAAGGUUAUGCAAAGCCUUAUAGAUCUUGAAGCGCUUCAGCCCACUGGAGAUUUGUCAUCGGUGAGGCGAUCUGUGCAGUUCUUCUUGGACAAUUUAUUGAGCCAAACACCUGAUCAGCAGCAGACUUUGGCUACAAUUGGGGAGGAUUUAUUUGCAAUAGCUCAGGACCAACCAUUUCGGUUUCCAUCAACAUUUACAUUUGUUCUAAGAGCAUUUUCAACCCUUGAAGGUAUAGGUUACAUUCUUGAUCCAGAUUUUUCGUUUGUGAAGAUUGCUGCCCCAUAUGCACAGGAACUUUUAGACCUAAGAAAAAGGCAAAGUACAGGAACACAACUAGUUGAAGAAAUAAGGAAACAAGCUAAUGAUGCCAGAAGUUCUACCAUGUCCAUGCCAGCCAGAGUUCAGAGGAUAGAAGAGUUUGUGAAACAACUUGAAUCUGGAGAUUUAAAACUUCGAGUUCGGGUGCUUGAGUCAGAAAGAGCAGCUAGGAAAGCAACAGUGCUUCAAAUGGCAACCAUGUACACAGUCUUAGGGGGUACCCUAUUAAAUCUGGGGGUAACAUUUGGCAGUCAAGGCAGCCAAGCUAUUGCAAAUGGAUCUUUCAUCGGUGCAGGAGUUUUCUUGGCAUUACUUUUAAGGUCGAUGCAAAGGGUGAAGAAGCUUGAUAAAUUUGAGAAGAUGAUAUGAUUUUCCGACAUUACAAGUCUGCCUCGCAUACACAAUAGAUCUUGAUAUACAGUUUUCAGUAAGUGGUAUAUUAUUUACAAACAAUAUACAUCUUGAUAUACAAUUUUCAGUCAGCCAUUUGUCUGAUUUACAAAACAAAACAAUUCUUUUGUACGCAAACAAGAUAUGCGCACAUUGUAUAUGCAAAACAUAUAGUUAAAAGAGAAAAAUCCCUUGCUUUUAUAAAAUUUUGAUUUAUUUGUGC